AUGGAUUCUGACUACGAAAAUUGCUAUUUUUAUGGAUUGUAUAGGUUCAUCCUAUAUAUUGUGGUAAUCUGAAUAGCCUUCCCCGUUCUUGUUUAUAAAUGGACUAGAGAGAAACCAAGGAGGAGUAUCAGAACAUGGUGGUUUGAUGUAAGCAAGACUCUGUUGGGCUAUCUCGUGCUGAAUACCAUCCCAGCCUAUUACUUCAUGGCUAGCACUGCUAUUUAUGCAGAUAUUUAUCAGCAAUACUGCAGAAUCAGCUUUAUGGGCACUUUAAUGGAUGGAAUUUUAGUGACAGGUUUCUCAUAUUUCUUCUUAAUGGUGUUUCAGAACUUCUCACAUGCUAGUAAAUAAGUACAGAUUUUACAGUGGAAGCUAUCCUAAAGGAUGCAAAAGCUGGAUAUACCAGUUGAUACUCUGGCUGGUCAUCAUUCUAAUAUCAAAACUAGUGGUCCUCACUCUUGUGUACAUUUUCUACACUCCGCUGUACUUUUUGACUUUCUUCGUCCUGUACUUUCUUCAAUGGAACUCCAUGCUCCUGAAGUCCACAGUCUUGAUUGUGGCUCCAAUAGUUCAGAACGUUUUUGUAUUUUAUAUUAACGAUGAGUUUCUGAGGUGCCAACUCUACAAAGAAAGCAACGAUAACGAGCCUGAUAAUUUACUCCAACUUCUCAAUGAAAGAGAAAUGAUGCAAAGAAAAUUAUUUGAAAUAAAUAUAGAUGCAGAGAAUACCCCUAAUGCUAGAGGAGGAUAUGCUCCUCCUAACUUUGAGUGUUCUCCUAAAAGCGUUAGUUCUACUAGCUCUGAUGAUUUUCAUAUCAAGCCAAGAAUCUCAAAAUCUCCUUCAAAGCCAAAGCUGAAUAAACUAAAUAAAAUUCCGAGCAAAGUGAAGCGAGAGAUGUAUAAAUAGAAGGAAAUACUCAAACAGAAAGGGUAGCUACCAAACCUCCAAUUCUAGCUCCUCAAAACUUAUCCCAGGAAGUGCUCUUAAUGUUAUCAUUGAGAGUGAUAUUGCAUCAGAAGAUGAACCGAUUCUUGAUACAAAGGCAAAGAGCGCUUUUGUCCCGGAGCGGGUUACAGAUGAAAAGGAAGUAAAAAUUGAGCUUGAAAGUGUUGCAAGCUCGAUCGAUGAGCCUGUUGUGCUCAAGCACCAGACUACUCCUGUGAUCACAGAUCCUAAAUUUCACUUUCAAAAACCAAGAUCAAGAUAUUAUGCUAUACAAAAGAUGGAUGAAAAUGCUAAAGCGUAUCAGAAGAAAUACAAAAUGGUUAAAAAGAAGUAUUAA